AUGGAGGGACUGUUUUCCCACUUCUUCUCUGCCGACCGGCGCGGCUACCACGAGGAAGACAUGAGGUGGUUCCUGGAGCUGGCCAACCAGCAGGACGACUGGUGUGUGCCUCAUGUCUCUGACAUUGUCAUCGGUGGAACUUCAGAACAAGACCUGAUUCCCAAGGAUGCCAUAAGCAUGUGCACGUUCAAGAUGUACCUGUCGCGACUGCUGGGAGAGUGUGACCGCCAGAAUGAGGACCCCGCGAGGUGUGGACCUCUCCUCCUCCAUCAGUACCACCCCAGACUCCAGGUGGGCCAGGCCCUCGUGAAGAAAGCCUCAGUCGGCAGCUCCGGACCCUACAUCCCAACAUUCUACCAAGAGUCCCCGGGCCAUCUGCCCCCGAGCAGGCAAGCCUCGGGAGACGAAUGCAGCAACCGCUGGCCCACCUCUACUUUCUGA